CUCCCUCACAGUCACACCCGGAAUUGCAGUUCUGAGCCAUGGUGCAGCCGGAGAGGUUUCAGUUUGCUAUUGAUCGUGGUGGGACUUUCACCGAUAUCUUUGCCAGGUGUCCAGGGGACAAAGUUCGCGUCAUGAAGCUCCUCUCUGAGGACCCAGCCAAUUACCAAGAUGCUCCCACUGAGGGCAUCAGGAGAAUACUACAGGAGGAGACAGGGAUGCAGCUUCCUCGGGAUCGUCCAAUCGACACCUCCAAGAUUGACUGGAUCCGAAUGGGAACAACUGUCGCCACAAAUGCCCUGCUGGAGCGAAAGGGGGAGCGAAUUGCACUGGUGAUCACCAAAGGGUUCAAGGACUUGCUACAUAUUGGCAACCAGUCCCGGCCGAAGAUAUUUGACCUGGAGAUUGUGAUGCCGGAGGUAUUGUACGAAGAGGUAAUCGAAGUUGAUGAACGAGUGGUUCUACAGCAGAGUGGCUGCCAGCUGCCUAAACAGGCUGGCCUGGAGACAGCUGUGG